CCUCGCCCACCGAGGGAUCGAUCGCGAUCAACUUUGACACUCCCGACGUGGGCUUCCUUGACAAAUACUUGGUUUUCCUUUUACGAUCAUCAUGGCAUCCUAUGGCCUUCUGGAUCAACCGGACGAAGAUGGACUCCACAAGUCGCGCCUCUUGAACGUCGAGGAAAAGCCAUUCAAGCGGAUCUCAAAACGCCUCCUAAACAAUGAUUCGAUUGUGGUGUCCAACGCGACCCUCCCUCCCACUCCUCCCCCGGAUGGAACGGACGACGAUGCGACAGCAGCGGCCGAGGCGGAGAAACAGAAACGGCUCGAGGACUGGCGCCAUUUUCGUGAAGAUGUUGCCUUGGACUUUGCCGCAUUUGAAGGCAGUAUUGCGCGCAUCCAAUUCCUCCUGACAAGUAAUGAGAAGGAGCGCGAGCGAUAUGCGGCUGAGAAACUUCGAAUCCUUUCUACAAUGCAAUCGGUACGCGACAACACAGCAGACCUGCGGGUACAGCUAGAAGAAGCACAACGUCUGCUAUCCUUGCGCAAGAGCUACGAUGAAUUGGCGGAAAAGAUAACCAGUAACCGACUUUUGAAGCCGAGGGAGGAUCAACAAGCCAAUCUACAAAAACUUCAGGCGGAAAUUAACGAUCUGGAGAAAGAAAGCAAAGAGUAUGCACAAACAUGGGGGGAACGACGGGAACAGUUCGGCCGUAUUGUUGAAGAAGGAAUGCAGCUUCGUCGUCUCAUCCGUGACGAGAAAGAAGAGGUCGAACGCAGAGAAGGCAUGCAAGAGGGAGAAGACGGAGAUGACGGGGAUGUCCCCUCGAAAGGAAAAUCCAGUGGGGCUAAUACUCCCCGUCAUGAUUCCGAGAGUCUGACUCCUUCUCAACAUGGCCAUGACGAUCCCAGCCGAUCGCCAGGUGGAUUGCAAGUGGACAGGACGAGUACAGCCGGCGCAGUGUCGCCUUUACGACAAGUGACUGCAGUAGGCGACGAGAAGAAGAGCCCGCCCGAUCAGGACACUACGAUGGAAGAUGAGGGUGAGGUGGCUGAAGAGCUGGAAGAAGGAGAGGAGGUCCAGGAUGACCGUGCAGAUAAAAUGGACACUACCUGAUUAUCGGAGAAUUUUUCUACCACUCAUUGAGCAAGGAGUCCGGUCGGUGGCGUUCGCAUUAGGUGACUAUCAAAUCGCGUCAAUUUUUUGCUUUUAUUCAGGGGCGAUUUAUUAAAUAUUCCCUCAUGAUGGGGCUAAGUACAUGUGCCCAAGAAUUGGUUAUAAGCCAUCUCAGGCGAUCUCCCGCUCCGCUGUCCUGGCUUUGGCAAUGGCGUCCUUCGCAGCAUUAAUAUGCUCGACAUUGCUCUCGGAACCUUUCUUGCCCUCCUCG